ACGAACAUCCUGUUUGGCGACUUACCUGCUGAUCUGCCGAUAGUACCACAAACUGCUCGCCACGCCACAGUAAUGCUCAGAGAGGGACUUUAAAGUACUUGACUGGCAAGUGACCGGGCUUGUAUGAUAUUUGUGAAAGUAUAGUUUGAGCUAAAUCUAAACAUUAAAAAUCGAAUUAGGCUUGAUCUUGUUUGUAGCCAUCUUUACGAGAGGAAAUACGGUAGUCCUAACUGCCGACUGGCUGAACUUGCUUGCUGACACUUUUUUUUCACCUGUCAAAAGUCCUGCUUCCGGUAAAGCAUGGCUGGUGCUGUAAUGUCAGAGGACCAGAAAUUUUGUUUGAGAGAAGUGCUUGACACUUUCCAGUCAUGUCUCACAGAAAACAAGGAGGUCAGAAUCGACCAAUAUGUGGCUGGAUGGCGCGGACUUGUGAGGUUUAUGAACAGCCUGGGGAGCGUAUUUUCCUUCAUUUCCAAGGACGCCGUCAAUAAGAUUCAGAUUAUGGUGAACUACCGCAACGGGGAAAACGGGGAACAUUACGCAACUGUCCAAUCUAUGGUGAAGUACGAGCUUGACAAAGGUCUAGUGGACAUCACUAAGCGGGGCAGUUUCCCAGAGUCUGGUUGUCGCACGCUGUUGAGACUGCACCGGGCCCUCCGCUGGCUGGAGCUCUUCCUUGAACGCCUGCGCACCAGCACAGAAGUCGACAAGACCUCCGUCAUGUGCUCAGAAGCCUACAACGAGUCGCUUGCCCAGUUUCACCCCUGGAUAAUCCGCAAGGCUGCCGGCAUGGCUUUCUGUGCCCUUCCAGGGCGGCCAACUUUCUUUGAAGUCAUGAACGUGGGCACUCCAGAGCAGGUGGUAGCCAUGCUGGGAGAUGCUUUGCCCCUCAUUUCAGAGGUUUAUCAGUUGACACAAGACCUGUACUCCCAACAUAACCUUCUAGAUAUACCAUAGAGGAGUGACUGUAAAUUACAUAUUUGUUGCACUAUAUCAGUUUUAUCUUUCACAAUACAUUUUAUUACCACAGAUGUAGGCUACACAUGGUAAAUGUGGUUUGUGUACAGAUUAUAUAGUGAGCCUUAUGUAAUUUAUUGUUCUUUUCUACUAAGUCAUUCUCACUGGUCAUAGUUACCUAGUUCAACUAUGGGAGUAAUUAUCCAGCCUCUUGUGUUAUAAUAGAUUUUUUUUUGCUGGUGGAAGGCCAUAGAUGGAAAUGAUGGUCUUUGACUGAAAGCAUCUGCCACAGAUUGAAGUGCAGUGUACUUUGCCUGUUGCUUUCAGUUACACAUUUAAGGAAAUGCUUCUUCUUUUGGUUAUCAUAUUUGUUUAUUGUACCUUUAGUUUAUCAUUUUUCUAUUUGUCAGUUUUUUAGAAUGAUAGAAUGAUCACUGCUGUACUUUUACUUUCUUCAAUCCACCUCUUUAGUGUUUUUUGACAACCAUUUGUCAACUUAAAUUAUGGUCCUACAUAUGGUGUCCAGCACUAGACUGUGCCAUGCUGAAGACUGCCAUUUUCAUCCAGGACUUACUUAUGAAACACAAAUUAUAAUUUAUGGUAGUAAGCUAGUGUACUGAGUUUACUGGUUUAAUUAACCUGUUCAGGGAUUGCCAUUUUCACACUAGCCUGCACAGAGGUGUAAAAUCCAAAUAUUGGGAUAUAUAAACUAAGCACUGAACAGCAUGUAUAGUGCUAUCGGCAUGUAUUUGCAUGUUUGUAAGGGAAACAAAAUUGUGUGUUCUAAUCUAGGCAGACCCAAUGUUCUACCAUGCUAGUAUUGAGGUAUCUGAUAAACCUGACCUUGUUAAAGACAAUUGUGAACUUGUGCCCAUUCUUGCCUUGCCUAUGAGCUAACAAGCAGCUAUAUAACAUAAGGGAAAACAUUUGUUUUUUAAAUUAAACUUUAAGCUCUGUGUCCUGAACACUAUAUUUAAGCAAAUGGGGAAUGCUGUACAGUUUGGAGGGACAUCCACUGUGGUGUCAGUGCAGACCCCUGAUACUUGAGUCAAGGUUGUUCUACUUUAAGUAGUUGUGUCAGAUGUCUUCAUGGAUAAUUCAUCCUUCAUGGAACUGCAAGUUUGCAGGAUUUUCAAUAUUCCAAAAUCAGUCAUAACUGAAAUUACGCUGCUCCAGUUGAAUGUAUUUUUAGUUUUAUUAAGGUUUUAAUGUACAUUUGUAUCACUUAGAUUAUUAUUAUUAUUUUUUUUUCAGUUUAGACCAAAGCUUUGGGCUGUCAAGAAAGUGACAUGAACUCAUUGAUCGAAUUCUGCUGCUGUUCAACUGACAUCACAGUCUAUACAUUAAGAAUGGAUAAUAAAGAAAAUUAAGUGUU